AUGGCGGCUGUUGCUGCAAAGCCACACGUUUUGGUGGCCUGUGCCUUGCUGCUCCUCGCUGUGGGGUGCCAGGCCAGCCCUUUCUGGCCACUGGAGAUCGGCUACUACCACGACAAAUGCCCCCAGGCGGAGGCUGUCGUCAAGGGCGUCAUGGAGAAGGCCAUCUCUCAGAACCCCGGCAAUGGCGCCGCCAUGAUCCGCAUGCUCUUCCACGACUGUUUCGUCGAGGGCUGUGAUGCUUCCGUCCUCCUGGACCCGACCCCGUUCAGCCCGACGCCGGAGAAACUCAGCCCGCCGAACGACCCUACCCUACGCGGCUUCGAGCUGAUUCGAGGCGGCCUGCCCGGGCGUCGUCUCAUGUGCUGA